AUGGGCAAAAGUACUAUAUUUGUAGCAGUUUAUGUGGAUGACAUUUUACUUACUGAAAAUCAUUUAGAGGAAAUGGAUUCCUUGAAAACAUUCUUGCAUUCCAGAUUCAAGAUCAAGGAUUUGGGUUCUUUACAUUACUUUCUUGGUAUAGAAUUCUUACAAGGAUCUCAUGGUAUAAUCAUGACACAGAGAAAAUUUAAAGAAGAGUUAUUGAAGGAAUUUGAUCAACGGAAUGCUACACCUGCACAUUGCCCUUUGGAAAGCAAUCUGAAGUUAAGACCUGACUCUGGCACUCCUAUCCCAAUUCCCAGUCUUUAUAGGAAAUUGGUUGGCAAGUUAAACUACUUAACAAAUACAAGACCUGAUCUUGCUUAUGCAGUACAAUACUUAAGUCAAUUCAUGCAAGAUCCAAGAGAUCCUCACUGGCAAGCAGCACUGCAUACUUUGAGAUAUCUGAGCAGAGACUAUAAUAAAGGUAUUUAUCUUAAUGCAUCCACAAAUUUAACCCUUGAAGCCUAUUAUGACUCAGAUUUGGCUUCCUGUGCCAACACUAGGAGAUCUGUCAGUGGCUACUUCAUCCUUCUAGGUGGUAGUCCCAUUUCAUGGAAGAGUAAAAAGCAAGCUACGGUCUCUACAUUACCUGCAAUUGUUCCUAUUCCUCUCAAAUGUGAUAGCCAGGCUGCUAUCUACAUUGCCAAGAACCCAGUCUAUCACGAGCGCACCAAACACAUUGAUCUUGAUUGUCACUUUGUGAGAGAAAAACUGCAAGAUGGUCUAAUUAGUUUGCAAUAUGUGCCCACUCAACACCAAUUAGCAGAUGUCUUCACCAAGAGCCUUUUAGGGCCUGCUCAUCACAAUCUGUUUCUCACUACCUCAGUAGACAGUAACCUCAGUCCUCACUCCUCAGUACCUCAAUCACUCUCGCGUUCUCCUUCUCCAUCACGCGUAGCUCCUGCCCCUGUAAUCAUCACUCGACAGUCGACAGUCGACACUCGAGUACUCGACAGCGACAUCGCCCACAGCCCACAGGCGACCUCACUCCCUGCCGACAGCCACCGUAUACUCCUCCCCUCUCCUCACAGGCGGAUUUGA